UCGGAGCGCUAUAACUGCACGGUUUCGUUACGAAAGAUCCAAACUCCACAGGUAGAAAGAUGAAUGUAUGGUGCAACGUGGUGCUUCUGCUUAUAGCGUCUCUUCAGGUAACUGAUGGAGCCAGGUUACCUCGAUCAAGAAAUGACAAGGAACAGCUGCUGAAGAAACUAGAGGAAAUAAUUCACCCUCUCCAAAAGUAUUAUACCACAACUGGCACAGAAUGGGUCGGGAAUUCUGUUUUCGCUCCCUAUCUGGAUCAGCAGAAUUUGAGGGCUUCCUGCACGUGUCAGACGAUGUUGCUGGAUAGAAUUUUGAAAAUCUACGAAGAAAUCUUCACAGACAUGAGCAACAACGCUGAGAAGAAAGAAGUAAAAACCAACCUAACAAAAGCGGUGAGCGAGGUAAAGAAGCUGAGACUUAAAUUUAAGGGAGAGCAUGAGCUUUGGAGAGAUCUUCAGGACGUUCACUUAAUCAAGGCGAAAAAUGGUACGGUCCAGAAAGGAGCGCUGAAUGAAUUUCUCAUGGUGUUUGAUUUGGCCUACUGAGAUGAACGUUGGGUCUACAGAGAGCACAGAUGAAGGAUGAAGUAACAAGUGUUCAACAAAGAGGACAAAACUUCUAAGCAUUUACUACAGCUUUAAAAUCAAUUAUUUAAUUGUAUUAUUUAUUACCUUUUAAUUAUUUCUCAUUUGAUCUGCCUGCA